AAUUAUUUUACUUCAGCUGUUUCAGCUCAUGUUUUGUACAGUGUGUUAUUCUUGUUAAAAUGUGAUUGAACGCAAAUGCUAUAUAUAUUAGUGUUGCAAACUAUUUAUAUCAUAUUUCAAUAGGAUUCUAGCAUUCAAGGGAUUCUAGCAUGUUAUCCAUGGUCUUAAACUUUUCUGGAUAAUGUAACGGUUAAUUUGCAACCUUAUCAUCAGAAGGUGGGUGGCACAUCAUGGCAGUUUACCUGGAUGAGACUCAAAAAUACCUCAAAAUAUAUUAUGUAAGAUGACUUUUCAAGAACGUCAAAGAAAAGAAGGACAAGCUCAUAUAUGACUUAUAAUGGAACUAGAAAAGGCUUGUUAUUGGGCUGGGAUAUUAAGUGUUUGAGGCCAUGCAGACUCUGUGUUCUUGACCUGAGGUUGCAGUUGUGAGAUUACCAUGGGUCAACAGCUAUCCAGUUUCCUUCUGCAGCUCAUGCCCCACAUUCACAUCCAACACAUCAGAUUAAGACAGCGACUCAGAUUUAAUACAGAGGGCUUUGACCUUGAAACGGAGCUACGAAAGUGGCUGUCCCCUAGCAACAAGAGCCCACCACCUGAAUCCAGCUUCCUUGGUAACCACCUUGAAGAAGUUGAGGAUGAUGAAGUAGCUGACAGCGAGUAUGAUGAAUCCCAGGAGGUGUUGCCUUCAGCAGAAGUGGUCAAGUCAGAGUCACAGCAUAAGCAUGGUGUCAAUUUGCUUGGAGAAGGGGAUAGAAGGACAAAGCUGGGUUGUUACCAGCAUUACAGAACGAGAAUUGGGUCACCCUCGGUAAAUCGGAGGUCCUUCACAGAAGAAGAAAUGAACAGGUUUAAUCAUGAAAAUGAUGGUUUUCCCUUGCCGUCCACAGAAGAAGAACUGAAGGCAUUUGACAAGCAAGUGUUCAUUCAGUCACCUGAAUACCUUGACAACAAAGUCAGCUGCAAACGGACCAAAAAGAAGAAGGACCGCGCCCGAUCUAAGUCAGCAACCCAUGUACCUGAUGUGAACACCAUUCGUCUGAAACUUCAGAAAUUACAGGCUCCGGGCAGACCAAAGUUCCUUGAGCACCUACUCAACCGUGUGGUGUCCAGGAAGAUUGGCAGGAAGGGAGCUAAUGGUCUCAUACCCGACACGGAAGAGAAUCCGGACCAGCCUGAAGAACCACUAUCCCCGGACACAGAGACCUGUCUCCAACAUGCAGAGGCAAUAGUUGAGGAGCUUCUCGUGUCUUCAGUGCGACCACCAAGUGGGGACUCAUCAGAUUCUGGGAAAGGAUCAUUGCUGGAACAGACAAGCGAUUUUUCUCCGACUGGAACAAAGCAGAAGUGUUGGUCAACACCUGCUUCACCAACACUUCAAGGAAUUGUUAAGGCGCGUCUUAAGAGUUUUCAGGCCUUGCGUGAGAGCGAUGCGGAAUCGGUCGAUUCUCAGCAAGAUUUGUCUGCCUCGGCAUCGAAAGGAAAGACAUACAAGAGUGAGGAGUUUAAGUUAGAAAUCCAGGAGAUUAAUAAAAGUAUUAAGGCUUUUUAUACAUCUUUUUCUGAUGAUGAACGAUUCAACUCUAAAGUCAUGGAAAGUGGAUAUGUUAAAGCGUUAGUUUCUAAAAUUAAUGAAAACAAGAUAAAACAGGCAAGUAAUGAAAAAGACAGUGCACAAAUAGAAAAUGGUGCUGCAAGUGUAUGUGGUUCUGAUGGGAUUGAAAGUGCAGAAACUGAAGAAAUAAAGUUUCAGUUAGGAAAAGAAGACUCAGGUUGGAGUGAAUAUGACCAAGAAAUUGGUGACUAUUACACUGCAGAAGAGGACAAUGCUGGGCAGGACUCUAUUUUCAGUGCAAAUGGAGUCACUCAGAGGUCAAAAGAAGGGUCACCAACAUCCUCGUGUAUGUUGCUUCGAAAUUCUUCAAACUCUUCCAGUUCCCGACAUUCCUCUUCUAGUUUGCCAAAUGGUAACUCAGUCAGCGAGAGCAAAGAAGAGGAUGAGAAACCAAAGGACAAAGUACACCAAAUUGCGUACGAACUUCUGACAACAGAGCGCGCUUAUGUGGCCAGACUACGGCUGCUGGAAGAGGUGUUCCAUACAAGAAUAAAAGAGGAGAACACCAAGUCAAGCUUUAUGCCUUCUGAAGUGGUGGUGCAGAUGUUCUCGGCCAUCAAGCCCAUCUAUGACUUUCACAUGCAAUUCCUCCUCCCUGACUUGGAAGACAGAAUGAAAAACUGGUCAACCCAGCAGAAAAUCAGUGACAUAAUGGCGAAACUGGCCCCUUUCUUACUGCUGUAUACUGAAUAUGUAAAGAACUACGACAACACUAUGUUAUUGAUAAACAAAUGGACCUCACAAUCUCUGAAAUUUGCAGGCAUUCUCCAUGAAAUUCAGCGUCUGCCAGAAUGUGGUCAGCUGACACUUCAGCAUCACAUGCUUGAACCCAUACAACGAGUCCCUCGGUAUGAGCUCCUCUUAAAGGCCUACAUCAAAAGCCUCACUGCAGAAGCACCAGACAGGAAAGAUGCAGAAAAGGCCCUGGAUCGUGUUACUCAGGCAACCAGUCAUGCAAACACAGCAAUAAAGAAGCUGGAGAAAUUCCACAAGUUGCUGAACAUAGUACAGAAGUUACGAGGGGAGGAAAUUGAUGACCUUAUCCUCCCCACAAGGGAGCUAAUCAAGGAAGGGACCAUCACGAAAAUCUCAGCAAGGGGUGGAGAAAAGCAGUCAAGAUAUUUGUUUUUGUUCAAUGACCUGCUGCUGGUAUGUUCGGAGCAAAACAUCACCAGUACGUACAAGGUGCGAGCUACUCUCAAGGUGGACGGGAUGGAGAUUCUACCUGGAGAAAACUUCAACAUCAACAACACCUUCUGUGUGAAAGGCAUAGAGAAAGCCAUAGAGUUCCUAGAUGAGUCUAAUAAUGGAAAUGGAUCGGACUGGUUAGCUGUUUUCCAACAAGUCACCACAGACUUUCAUCAGAAAAUGAAGCUAGGCCGGUUAGUGAGCUGGGAGAGUGAAACUGCACCUGAAAAGCCAAAACCAGGCACGAAGGCACCAAGAUGGAUCAAAGAUGAUGAAGUCACCAUGUGUCACGAAUGUAAGGACAAAUUCACUGCAAUCAAGCGGCGUCACCACUGUCGAGCUUGUGGAGAGAUAUUCUGCAACAAGUGUUCGUCGGAUAGAGUGUUUCUUCAAUGGGAAAAUAAGGAGAACCGUGUGUGUAAGGAGUGCUACAAUCAAAUUCUUGGUGAAGAAAAUAUUCAGAAGAAAAAAGCACCAGCGGAGGUGAACCCCGAGAAGGACUCGGUGAUGUCUGGUUACAUGCACAUCAUGGGUAAGGACAAGAAAUGGGACAAGAGGUGGGUGUCCGCCAAAACUGACUUUGUCAUGUACAUCUACAAGAAACACAAGGACCCAAAGGCCAUACAAACCAUCCCCCUGCCAGGUCACGCAGUUAAAGGGGUGGGGGACUGCAAUGACCGCCAACACGUGUUCGCAUUGACCCACAAGGAGAUCACCGUCUGCCAUUUUCAGGUGGAUUCUGAGGAAGAUAUGAACCAAUGGGUUCAUGCCUUGGAAAAUCUUGCUCUUGCUGAAGUUCCCACUGACGAGCCCAAACGUAUUUCCACGCAUAGCGACAGCAGCAGCCAAUCAACGCAGUCCUCUAACAGUUCCGACCAAUCAUGUCCCUCCUAGCAAGCUCAUCCAUUCAUAUGUCUUUGUAUUGUUUGUAUACAUUUAUACUGGAAACCAACACAUUUGUGUGUUUUAAAAACAAUUCAGGCCUUGACCAUAGUUGCAAAUCUCCUUAGCGAUAUCUUAAGUGUAUUCCUUAAAUUCAUAGAAUUCCUGAAGUAUGUGGACUUUCUUUUAAACUUUGUUUUAAACAGAACAAAUGUUACUUAAAUGAGUAAUAUUUCAACGUUUUGUGAACAUAAAACAAUGGAUUUUGUGUAGAUAAAUUUAUAUGAAAUUUCUGGUAAGUACAUCUCAAGAAAUUCAUUUGGACAUUUGUGAAUACUAACUCUAAUUCAAUAUUCAUGGAGUAUAUUAUUGUAGCCCUGAUUACGUUUGUUUAAAAGUUUUGCAAAAUGUUGGACUGAUAAUCUUAAAAGUAAGUGCAUUUCCAUCUGAUGUUUUGAUUUUAAUUAUCUUCUAUGUAAACAUAUACUUUUUAAAUAAUACCAGUAUAGUUUGAUUUUGACAAUCAACCAUUUGAUAUUUUGUUACUAAAUUCAAAAUGCAUAUAUAUUAUUCAAGAUGUACCACAACUGUAUUGCAUAUUUCAUAUGUUUUGUAUUUAGACUACAUAGCAAGAGAAAUUAUACUUUCACAAAUUGCAAUUUAUAUUGGAAAGAACUGUUAUUAUCAACGACAAUAAAUUUAAAUAAAAAGCUGUGCUGUGUAUUCAACAAAUCUUCCAUUCUUUAAAUGCGUAAACAAACAUGUAAAAUUGUGUGGAAAAUGUAUAGCUGUACAUAAUUCAAUUCGUUUUUGUUAUGCAACAAUCAAUUACAUUUCUAAAAAUAUAAUCGUUGACAUAGUACUUAAAUUUUGAGUGGGAAAAAAGGUCAAAAGUUAAGUUACCGGUAAUUUUUGCAAUUUAUGUAUGCUUUCUUUUUAAUUUGAUGCUUCUUCUGUGAUAACUAUUGUGUGAUUUAGUGUACUGUAGAACUCUAGGACUGCAUGCCAUAGCAUGUAAAAAGAAAAUGCAGAAUACAUUUUUUUUCAAGUCACCUUUUAAUUACUGAUAUAUUUUUGUUGCCAAACUUUUGUUAUAAAUGAGCACUUUUUGCCCUUCCUUGAUUUGAAAAUAUUAUACAAAAAAGCAGAAACGUUUUUGCAGAUUUUUGUAUAUGUAUUUUUGUUUCUUAUGUGUUAUAUUUUAGUGAGAUGACAAACCAAGAUCUUAAUAAAUGUUAAGUUUGUGACAUUGUUGAACGAAAUCAAAUUACCAGCAUGCAUAUGCGUUGAGUAAUAAAAGCCAAUAAAAAAAUGCAGUUCCUUGAGAAAAAAAAGUUGAAAACAGUUUUUCCAGGGCUCACUUUGCUAUUUACUAAUUUAGCCACAUUUAGAAGUAUUCCAACUGGAGACAGCCUUUGCUUAUGAAAACUAAACAAAUUCUUAAGAUAGAUAGCUAUGAUUGUCAUGAAUUCCAAUUGACAAAAGGAUUGUUCAGUAAGAGGAAGCCCUGUUAUGUGUCAGUCUGUUUUGUCAAAUUACAUUAUAUGUAUUAUGAAAGUCCAUUUUAACAGAUAGAAAGGUUAUUGGCUGUAACAUUAUUGAACAAUAGCGCUCUUUCAACAGUGUAAUUGGUUAUUUAUUGUUUUACAGUAAGUCUUUUUAUAAAACAUUUACUUUAAGCAUGUUGUUAUAAGUUAACAGCUUUUAUUGCAUGUUUAUUUAUGUUUGUUUUUAUUUUGUUGUGGAUUUUUGUUAAAAGCUGUUAUGAUUAAAAUCAAAUAAAAUUAAUUGUUUAUUUGUUAGAAAAAACUGAUGACCUUUGAAUUAUUAUAUAUACAUGCAUACAAUAAACUUUCAAUUUUACAUUUGAUUUGCAAAUUCCUUUGUAUUUUGCAUAUAUAUUAAACAUAUACAAAUAAUUAUGAAAGUGCUGUAGCAUCAAUUAAUGGGGAACAAAUUUGGGGUACAAUAUAAUAUGAAACUGCUUGUUGAAAAAAAGCAUAGCUUGUUAAUUGUUUCAUUUAAUGGUGUAAAUAUUUAUUAAAACUAAAUUAUCUUAUCAUCCGAACAAACUUGUUUUAAGCUCACCUGAGCUUAAUAUGCUCAUGGUGAGCUUUUGUGAUCUCCUUUUGUUGUGCGUCGUGCGGCGUCAACAUUUGCCAUGUUAGCACUCUAGAGCCACAUUUAUUGUCUGAUCUUAAUGAAAAUUGGUCAGAAGAUUCGUCUCAAUGAUAGCUUGGACGAGUUCGAAAAUGAUUACGGUUGUUUGAAAGGGGCGGGCAUUUUUUCUAACAUGGCUAUAUAUGGCUAUAGUAAAACCUUGUUAACACUCUAGAGGCCACAUUUAGUGUCUGAUCUUCAUGAAACUUAGUCAGAAGAUUUGCCCCAAUGAUAUCUUGGACAGGUUCGAAAAUGAUUCGGGUUGAGUGAAAAACAUGGCCACCAGGGGGCGGGGCAUGUUUCCUUAUAUGGCUGUUGUAAAACCUUGUUAACACUCUAGAGGCCACAUUUAUUGCCGAGGUUGAAUAUGGUUCCAGUUGGUUGAAAAGCAUGGCCACAAGGGGGCGGUACAUUUUUCCUUAUCUGGCUAUAAUAUGGCUAUAGUAAAACCUUGUUAACACUAUAGAGGCCACAUUUAUUGUCCGAUCUUCAUGAAACUUGGUCAGAAGAUUUGUCCCAAUGAUAUCUUGGACGAGUUCGAAAUUGCUUCUGUGUGGUUGAAAAACAUGACCGCCAUUUGGCAGGGCAUUUUUCCUUAUAUAGCUAUAGUAAAACCAUCUUAACACCCUAGAGCCCAAAUGUAUAGUCCGAUCUUCAUGAAACUUGGUCAGAACAUACGUAUCAAUUACAUCUUGGAUGAGUUUGAAAAUGGUUCUGGUCUGUUGAAAAACAUGGCCACCAGGGGGCAGAGCAUUUUUCCUUAUAUGGCUACAUAGGGCUAUAGUAAAACCUUGUUAGCACUCUAGAGGCCACAUUUAUUGUCCGAUCUUAAUGACAUUUGGUCAGAAGAUUUGUCCCAACAAUAUCUUGGAUGAGUUUGAAAAUGGUUUUGGUUGGUUGAAAAACAUGGCGGAUGGGGGAGGGCAUUUUUCUUUAUAUGGCUAUAGUAAAAACUCUGAAGUCACAUUUAUUGUCCAAUCUUCAUGAUUCUUGGUCAGAACAUUUGUUGUAAUGAUAUCUUGAACAAGUUUGAAAAUCAUUCCGGUUGCUUGAAAAACAUGGACGCAAUGGGGCGGAGCAUUUUUAACCAGGUUUUCCGAAGGAAAAAACUGGUUAUUAGAUUGGCGAAUGCGGGCGGGCUGGCUGGCUGGCGGGCUGGCGGGCUGGCUGGCUGGCGGGCUGGCGGAAUAAGCUUGUCCGGGCCAUAACUAUGUCGUUCAUUGUCAGAUUUUAAAAUCAUUUGGCACAUUUGUUCACCAUCAUUGGACGGUGUGUCGCGCGAAAUAAUUACGUCGAUAUCGCCAAGGUCAAGGUCACACUUUGAGUUCAAAGGUCAAAAAUGGCCAUAAAUGAGCUUGUCCGAGCCAUAACUAUGUCGUUCAUCGUCAGAUUUUAAAAUCAUUUGGCACAUUUGUUCACCAUCAUGGGACGGUGUGUCCCACGAAAGAAUCACGUCAAUAUCUCCAAUGUCAAGGUCGCCACAACUAAAAAUAGAUUUAAAAAAAAAAAAAAAAACUUACAAAGGGGGUUAAUUUUUUUUGGUCAUUUCAAAAGUUCAGUUUGAGUUUUCUCCCUUUAUCAGAUUUUUUUUUCACAAUGAAAACCUGGUUUUGUGACAAUUUUGUCCCUUGUUCCUUAUAUGGCUAUAUAUUACUAUAGUAAAACCUUGUUAACAUUCUAGAGACCACAUUUAUUGUCUGAUCUUAAUGAAACAAGGUCAGAAGAUUUGUUCCAAUUAUAUCUUAGACGAAUUUGAAAAUGGUUUGGGUUGGUUUAAAAACACGGUCGCCUGAGGCGGGGCAUUUUUCCUUAUAUGGCUAUAGUAAACAAGAUGUGUUUGUGAAACACAAUGUCCCCCUAUAUGACGUUUGACCUUGAAGGAUGACCUUGACCCUAGAAUGAUGACCUUGACCUUUCACCACUCAAAAUGUGCAGCUCCAUGAGAUACACAUGCAUGCCAAAUAUCAAGUUGCUAUCUUCAAUAUUGCAAAAGAAUUCAUAAAAUAAGCGUUUUUGGCCACAUAUAUUUGACCUCUGACCUUGAAGGAUGACCUUGACCUUUCACCACUCAAAAUGUGCAGCUCCAUUAGUUACACAUGCAUGCCAAAUAUCAAGUUGCUAUCUUCAAUAUUGCAAAAGUAUUCAUAAAAUAAGCGAUUUGGGCCACAUAUAUUUGACCUCUGACCUUGAAGGAUGACCUUGACCUUUCACCACUAAAAAUGUGCAGCUCCAUGAGAUACACAUGCAUGCCAAAUAUCAAGUUGCUAUCUUCAAUAUUGCAAAAGUAUUCAUAAAAUGAGCGAUUUUGGUCACAUAUAUUUGACCUCUGACCUUGAAGGAUGACUUGACCUUUCACCACUCAAAAUGUGCAGCUCCAUGAGAUACACAUGCAUUUUAAAUAUCAAGUUGCUAUAUUCAAUAUAGCAAAAGUUAUUGCAAAAUGUUAAAGUUGGCGCAAACCAACCAACCAACCAACAGACCAACCAACCAACAGACCAACAGACAGGGCAAAAACAAUAUGUCCCCCACUACUAUAGUGGGGGACAUAAAAAUUGUUAACACUAAAAGUCACAUUUAUGGUCCAAUCUUCAUAACACUUGGUCAGAACAUUUGUUUUAAUGAUAUCUUAGAACAGUUAAAAAAAACCUCUGGUCUGUUGAAAAACAUGGCCGCCAUGGGUCAGGGAAUUUUUCUUAAUAUCGCUAUAUAUCGUAAAACCUUGUUAGAACUCAAAAGUUACAUUUAAAAGUCACUCUUCAUGAAACUUGGUCAGAACACUUGUUUUAAUGAUAUCUUGGGGCUGCACUAAGCAGUUCAGUCCCUUUGUAUCUCAGGUGAGCGACUUUGGACCUUUCAGGCCCUCUUGUUUGUUUUAUGAACUUAAUUGAUACAAAUUCAAUAAUGUUCAUAAGUUAAGUGAAGUUUGUUGCCCAUAGAACAUAUAUGGUAUGAUUGCAAGUGUAAUAAACUUGUUAUGGUGAAUGUGAACAUUUUAUUUUAUACACUAUUUCAUUGACAUUUGGUAACAGUCUUUUUUUACCACAAAGUAGAGAAGAUAACAGAUCAAGAUAUUGGCCUCUGUGCAAAAGGAAAUAAUUUGACAGACUAUUAAUACAUGUUGCUGAAUUUUCUGUUUUGUUACCUACUUCUCAUACAAAAUAAACUAUUUAGUAUAAAAAAAUAGAAUAAUAACUGAAGUGUUAUUUUGUGCAAUGUUCUGUCAAAUUUGAAUAAUUAAGUGUGCAAUAGAUAAAUCAAAACUAACAUAACAUCACAAAAUGUUUUCAGCUUAAUUCAACAAAGUGAGGGACAACUGCCUUGUAAACAAAUGUUACAAACAGUUUGUUAAGUAAAAUUUUUGUUCUUUUUGUUUCCAAUUUACCUUAUUAAAGUGUUUUUGUUUUAAAAUAUAACAGUUUCAAGAAUACUUAACCAAUGAAACGUGCCAUUUCUAUACAAAGUAAGAUAAAUUAAUCAUAUAAUGUUCCUGAAAUAUUUUAUACGCAAUUGUGUAGGAACAAUUAUCAUAACAUAGUUAACGUUAAACAAAAUGUAUAUUUAUAAUUGUAUAUAUUUUGCUGAUUUUUUAUUUAUUGAAAUUCUCCAAUUGCUGUAUAUUUGUAUUUUUAUCAUACAGAUUCAUUUCUAGCCAUGUGUAUUCAUAAAAUAUCAUGUACAAUAUUGUAUAAAAUGUUGCAAAAAC